AUGGCGAAGAAAGUGGUGAAGGCCGCGGUGGCGAAGGAGAAGGCAUCCGCUUCUUCCUUGGCAAAGCGCGUUCAGACGCCACCUCCUUCCCCUCCUCCGGCAGACGUUGACGUGGAGGGAUGCGGAGACGCCGGCCCAGAGAGUGAAGAGGGCCAAAGCCUCGGCGGGCGAUCAGCACUCGGCGGGUACUUCGAGGGCACCACUGGUGAUCGUCCAUCGGUGGACCAGGAGGACAUAGACGCCAUCAUUGAGGACGUCUCCAAGGAUGCCGCGGCAGAGGCCGAGAAGGUCACUGCCGAGGAGUCCGCCAAGGGUGCUGCCGAAGACGCCGCCAAGGGGCCUGCCGGAGGGGGCGGCAAGGCCGCCACCAAGGAGGAGGUUCUGCUUUCAGCGGGCCUGGUCGUGAGCCCUUUAGAAGGAUUGGCAUACAACGGAGGCAAGCAGCACAGGAAGGCGGUUGUUGUUUUCUCGCCCUACAGCCAGCGCAGCCCGCUCCGCACUGCUUGUGCAAAUCGUCUUGGGUAUUUAUUCGCGGAGGGUCUAACGGCUGAUCUCCAACUCCCCGCUGUGCGUGUCUCUCUCAUGAUGCGAGCUUCGCAAACCAACAAAUCGCAGCCAAAGCCGCUGCCGCUGCCGCUGCCACCUCCGCCACUCUCGCUGCCGUCGACGCCGUCGACCGUCCCGCGCCGGCGAAACCGCAGCGCCUCCUCCUCUUCCUCGUCUUCCUCCGUGUCCACCGCCUCCUCCUCCUUCUCCCCGUCGACGUCCCCUGCCCCGUCUCCUCGCACCACCUCACCCACUUCCGUGGUGCCCUUUUCGUGGGAGCGCCGCCCGGGACUCCCCAAGAGCAAUCUCGCGGGCCUUAUCUCCUCGUCCAGCGGCACCGCGGCAGUUCCGCUCCCACCGCCGCCACUGCGCCCUUCCACUCGCCGCUGCCGGCAGCGCAGACGCUGCCGCGCCCUCGACGCCCCCGCCCCUGCACCCGCAGCAGACCCCUUCGCCGCCGCCUUCGUGGAGUGCACAAGGGAAGAAGGCACAGACGACGCAGACGACAAGCUUUGGCUGACGCCGACGAUAACCAACUCCAGCCGCAUGGCGCGGUCGUGGCGACUCGCCGGCGGCGGGUUCCGUGUCAUCAGGUUCCUCGACCUAUACGGGUGCAGGAGGGCCAUGGACGUCGCCGACGGUGCUUUCCUUGCCCGCCGGUCCGUCGCACCGCGUCCACGUCCAUGACCAGGCCGGGCGGACUACACAGAGAUAAGUAGUAGCAAUAAUUAACAUGUCUGAUCCUCUGGCACCGCGAAAAAUGGCAGAACAAGAGCUUGCUGGGGUCACAUCGACAAUCUGAUUAGCGUCAUCCGGAGCACGGAUUUCUGAUCAGACGGUUGAGGUGUCAUGAACAGCAUGCGCCACCGCUUAAUUAGUGUGCUUUCGUUUGUUCAUGGAUGUGUGUGUCUCGAGAAAAGUUUGGUUGUUUCUGGCAACACAGUAGUAUAAAAUGUCUGGUUGUCUUGGGAUUCGUUUGGUUUGGCUUGUUAAUUUUGCGGGGACUAAUAUAUAUAAUCUGAAGUUGUUGC